AAUAGCUCGGCCAGUCAUCGAAUCGUUCAAUCUGUCAUGUACGCCGUGAAUUUCACCAGGCCAGACUCCGGCUGGUCACUGGGCCAGAGCCACGACAUGGAGCACAGCGAUGUGUGCAUCUUCCAGAGGAGUCCGCCCACGGUGGUGCUCUUUGUGCUCUAUGGCCUGGCCGUUCCCACUCUGUCUGCCUUUGGCCUGUGCACCAACUUCAUCAAUGCCGUCGUCUUCAUGCGGCCCAAGAUGACGCCCUCGGCCUUCAGUUAUCUGGCGGCCCUCUCCUGGAUGGACUGCAUCUCCUGCCUGCUCAUCACGAUGACCGCCCUGUCCCGGAGCUAUUUCUACAGCAGUCCAGCCUGGAUCGCCUACGACUAUCAGUGGCAAACCCCGUUCUUCGGCAUUAGCACGGGGGCGGCCAAUCUCAUCCUGGCCUGCAUGAGCCUGGAUCGAUUCACCUAUCUGUCCAGCUACAAGAGGAACAAUGGGGCUCCACGCUUUUGUCGUCGCAAGGUGGCUCGCGCCAUGAUCCUUGUGGCGAUAGGCACCUCCAUAGUGGUCAACGUGCCGUACUUCUUUGUCUUCUAUGUGAGUGACUCGGGAACGUGUCACGUCACCGACUUGUACUACUCAAAGUUUUAUAAAGUUCAAAACUGGUUCACCUUUGCCUUGUUGGCCCUUUUGCCAGCCAUUUUUCUGUUCAUCGGCAACGCGGCCAUUAUCAUAGCCUUCCGAAGGUGGACGAAGCAGAGCCGACGGUGCCAGGCCACCGAAACCACUGCCAAUAUGCGCACCACCGCCAAGCGAUAUCAGCACCAAAUGAAGCUGACCAUCAGCAUAGUGAUUGUAAUCACUUUGUACCUGGUUGGUGAACUUCCCGCCCACAUGACUUCCAGGAAGAGUUCCCUAAAUCUAAUAUUCGGUGGUGACACCAACAAGGUGGAUGAGUCCUUCAUAGAGCAGCUGGAGGUCAUCUGCAUAACGCUAAACGCACUGCAGCUCUCCCUGAACAUAGUGGUCUAUGCCGUGAUCAAUCCUUCCUUUAUGCCGGAGUUUUUCGAGUGCCUUAAAGGAACUUCGGAUGUGUGCUUUGGAUUGUGCUGCUUCCGCGCUCUGCGUAGGAUCUGGACUCGGUGCCAGGCCGGGCGACUGCAGAAGGCCACGGCCGAGGAGCAGGUGGUCAGCAAUGUGACUCUCCAGCAUGUGCCGCCGGAUGAGGCUCUGCCUUGCGGUUGCGAGAGCUGGGCCAGUGACUCUGGCUGCAAGAACAGUGCCCAUUGCAAGACGGCGGUGGGCACCUUUACCAUGAAGGACUCCGAGCAGGACGAAGAGAUGCAUUGCCGUCGCGAGUCGGAGGUUUUCUACACCAGAUCUAGCGCCUGCCUGCACUCAAAAGACUCUGCCCCCGACGAGGAUUCCAUAUUCAGUUCUAGCUUUAUUAUCAUAACUUAA